UCAAACAAGGAUAUCCGGUAUAGCGGCCUGAUAAAAGCCUUUAAUUAUAACGUUUUUUAUGCGUAACUGAAGAGACUGUGGUAGAAAAUGAGUGCUUCAAGUCAAAUAUCAGAGGUGGAUUUGAUGUGCCCUGUAUGUUUAGACAUCUUUACUGAUCCUGUGCUUCUGUUAUGUAGUCACAGCAUUUGUAGAGCUUGUCUGAAACAGUUCUGGAGCUACAGAGGAUUUCAGGAAUGUCCAGUUUGCAGGAAAAGAUUCACAGGAUGUCAAACACCUGCUAAUCUUGCACUGCGGAACUUGUGCGAGUCAUUCCUGCAGAAGAGAAGUUCAUUGCAGUCAUCAUCUGAGGUGUUCUGCGAUGUGCAUGGAGAAAAACUGAAACUCUUCUGUCUGGAUGAUAAACAUCCUGUGUGUCUGGUGUGCAGAGAUUCAGAAAAACACCUCAAUCACACAUUCAGACCUGCUGAUGAAGUUGCACCGCUUCUAAAGGAGGAACUGAAGACUGCUUUAAAACAUUUACAAGAAAAACUUGAGAGCUUUAAAGAAAUCAAGCAAACAUUUGAUGAUGCAGCACAACACAUUAAGGCUCAAACUCAGCAGACCAUGAGAUGCUUGCAGGAGGAGUUUGAGCGACUUCAUCAGUUUCUGCGAGAUGAAGAGAUGAUCAGAAUAUCUGCACUGAUAGAGGAAAAGAAUCAGAAGAGCCUGAUGAUGAAGGAGAAGAUUGAACAAAUAGACAGAGAGAUAGAAUCUCUUUCAAACAACAUUGGAACUCUAAAAAAAGAUUUAGAAGCUGCUGACAUGCUCUUUCUACAAAACUUCACUUUGUCAAAAGAUAGAGCUCAGAUCACACAGCAGAAUCCUGUCAUGCCAGCUGGAGUACUGAUGAAUGUGACAAAACACCUGGGGAACCUAAAGUUUGAAGUCUGGCAGAAGAUGAUGGAGAUAGUUCAACAAACUCCGGUCACAUUGGACCCCAACACUGCACAUCCUUUGCUGUUUCUGACUGAUGAUCUGACCCAUGUGAAAUCCAGCGCUGAUGGACAACAGUAUCCAGAAAAUCCAGAAAGAUUUAACUAUUACCAUUGUGUGCUGGGUUCUGAGGGCUUUGACUCUGGAACACACUUCUGGGAUGUGGAGGUCCAAAACAACACAUGCUGGUCUGUUGGAGUAACCACAGUAUCUAAUCAGAGAAAAGGAGGAGUUUUCUUUGACUCUGGAGUGUGGCGUGUGCGUUAUAUGGCUGAUCAGUAUACUACACAGUCACCGCGAAUGCCCCGCACGCAUUUAGCUGUUGAUAAGCGACUGAAGAUGAUCAGAGUUCGGGUGGACUGGGACGGAGGAAAGAUUUCAUUCUCUGAUCCUCUUACUAACACACAUCUGUGCACAUUCACCAGCACAUUUAGAGAAGCAGUCCAUCCGUUUCUCUAUAGCAGCUGUACAGAUUUCCCUCUCAGAAUCUUACCUGUGAAGCUUAGUAUAACUAUGGAGGAGCCUAAAUAAAGCCUCUACAUUGAAAAAAAGUAGGUUGAAUGUAAAAAUGUACUUAAUUCAUUGUUUGUUUUGUGCUUCUGCAUCACCAUUUGGAUAAGUGUAUAUUUAUAUUUAUAUUACUAGAAAUAAUUAGCAAUUCAGUCCAUUUGUAACACUUUGCUGUCCUGGGUUAGUCUACUUUAGGUAAACAUAAAAAUGAUUUUCAAUAUUUUAUGUGGUAAGAGGGUGACAAUAUGGAAUAAAUAUAUAUCUUUCAGAGAAAAUGGCACCAUAUUUUAUUUACUGGAAGAGGAUACUGCUGAAUUUGCACAUUUUGCCACCGUAGGGACUUCUAUAGGGGGACCAA